UCUUGGCUAAGGGCCAGCGGGAUUAGCAGCGCAGAGCGAGAGACAGGGGCAGAGUGAGCACAGAGUGAAGGAAGAGCAGUGGAGAUAGAGAAACCCAGCCACUGCCUGCCAUCGGGAAAAGUAACUUGAAGAAUACCAGGGAAAGGACGCACGGCUGUCUAAAGCUUGCCUUGCUGUGCAGGGCUGCAAAGGAAGAGGGGAUGGCUGUGCAAAGGUUUUUCAACUCAACUAGCCCCUUCAAAGAUCUGAAGGGGGGCUCGGUGCUGGGGUUCCCUUGCACGAUGGACGACCUGGGCACAGAGGGGAAGGAGGUCAAGGAGGACUCAGGAAGGCUGUUGAGGAACCUGAGCAUGGUGCUGAAGCAGGGCACUGCCAAGCAAGUGGGCACCGGGGAUCAGGAGAAACUCUACUGUGUCUCCAUCAUCGCCCAGCCAGAGUCUGAAGGACCGCAGGAGUUCACGCCCACCAGCACAGAGCACACCUACAUCAGAUCUCACCUGAUUAACAAAUACAGGUCCUCCGCAGAACACCACGGCUUGUACAACCAUGUGGCUCGCCCUGCCACCCAAGGGGAGAGCAGCCUGGCCCCCAUCAACCCCCAGCCCUGCCGCUCCCCGAGGAAACGGCGGAAGAGGCAGCGCCGGAGGAGGAAGGCGAAGAAAGAGUUGGAAGGGGAGCAGGAGAGGCACAGGCAGAGGGUGCCAUCAGGGGUGCCGGAACAGGAGAGCAGCAGCUCCCUCAGCCACCAGUGGGCUCCGACGGAAGCCUCAGAGUGUACGAGCAGUGGCUACAGCUACAGCGGCAUCCAGAACUUGGGGGUUCAAGAGACAGAGUGGCCUGGCUCGGAUUUGGGUCGCCGCUCCAGCGAUGAGCUCCCUCUGGGGUAUCUCCAGCAUACGGCCCACCCCUGGGCUCAGCAGGACCUCUGCGUCCUGCCUGACCUGUCCCAGUGCAGCCAGGAGAGCGGGUCUGACUCCCCGUUCAGCAGCCUGGAAGGCUUUGAGCUGGCUGUGAACGCGCUACGGGGAAGCGUGAGCCAGGAGGAGCGCUGUUUCGCCCCCCGGUUCUUCAAAGCCGUGGAAAGGGGGUACCUGGAGGAGGAGCGGGGCGACUCAGACAUCAAUGAGGGCAUCCUCUUCCACCCAAAUGAGCAACUCCAGCCAAAGGACUUUGAGUACCGGGAGGGGGAGGAGUACACCCGGCUAGACCCCAUCCAGAACGGAUCAUUUGGAGACGUUUACAGCGUGCAGGACAACAGCACAGGCUUUAAGUGUGCAGCCAAAAAGAUACCCUUGAACAUUUUCAACAGUGAGGAGGUGGGCUCGUGGAGUGCCCUGAAAUCUCCUCGAGUGGUGGAACUUUUUGGGGCCGUCAGGGAAGGUCUUAACAUCAUCCUCUUCAUGGCACUCAAGAGUGGUUCCCUGGGACAGCUGCUGAAAGAGAGGGGAUGCCUGCCAGAGGACCUGUCUCUGCACUACCUCUCUCAGGUCCUGGAGGGGCUGGAGUACCUGCACAGCAGACGGGUCCUGCACAUGGAUGUCAAGGCGGACAAUGUUCUGCUGUCGGAGGAUGGGAAGGACACAUUUCUCUGUGACUUUGGACACUCUGAGCGACUGGAUCUACAUGGACACAGCACCAAAGCCUUCCGAGGAGAGGGCUUCCAGGGCACAGAGACACACAUGGCUCCUGAGGUAGUGAAAGGAGAGCAGUGCUGUGGCAAGGCAGACGUGUGGAGCAGCUGCUGCAUGUUACUGCACAUGCGCAAUGGCUGCCACCCCUGGACCCGCAACUACUCCCACCCACUGUGCCUGAAGAUUGCUAAUGAGCCCCCGCCUCUAAGUGAGAUCCCGGACAACAGUAACCCCUACACAGUUGACGUCUUCACGGCAGGCCUGCAGAAGGAUCCAAAGAAGAGGGCAACAGCCACAGAGCUCAAGAUGAAGACCACUAAAGCCCUAGAAGAAUUGGGUGGACUCACUAGCCCUGUGAGAGGGGCCUAUCAGGAGCCAGUGAGCGCUGAGCCUCGGUACAGGCCCUCUGUGAGAUCCAGGCCCAUUCCCUCGCUCUCAGCCACACCCAGUCCUACCCCCUCCCUGCAGGAGGGGUCAGAGCCGAUGCUGCAGUGGGUGAGCCCCUGGAGGGAGAAUGCCCAGAGGGAGGAAGACGAGGGAGAGGAGGAGGAGCACGAUGAUGAUGAGGAGGAAGGGGUGGAGGCUGGGGACGAGGAGGAUGAUGACACAGACUGGGAGUCCAGUGCUGAGUCCUCAUUUCCUGAACCCCUCCCCCCUCACUCAGACCACCUUUCCAGGCACCACAAAUGGGAGCAGGGUGACAGCCCCUCCACAGUAUCCGAGCAGGAACUGCAGAAACUGAGCAGGGUGUUAAUCCUGGAUAGCCUAUCCCAGCCGCACGCCCCCGAGGUGCUGCUAUCCUGUCUGAGCAAUGACUGUCCUGACCAGAAAGACCCCGGAGAGAAGGACUCUGGUCGCUGGUCUGUCAACUGGCGUGAUGACCUCAGCUCUGGUGUCUUCUCCUCAUACAACAGCCAGACAGAUGGACAGAGUUUCAACAUGGACUGUCUGCUGCCUGUGCACAAUCCACCUUCACGCUGUUUUGAAGGGGUGGACGUGUGGAUUGAGAACUUUGAGGGCCAGUGUCUGCGAAUCCGUGAGAGACCCAAGGUGAAGGUGGGCUACAUCGCCACAGGGAUCAGCGAGCAGAUCUCAGAGCUUCCUUUCAGCCUGGAGAUGCUGGACGGGCAGCUGGUGUCCCAUGAUGAGGAGGUACGGGAUUCGGGCGUGUUCCUCCGCUGCACCCCCGCCCCUGACAGCAGCCACAGCUGGAGGUGGAGGGUUCGGGAGGGGAAGCUGGAGACACGUGAAUGAAGAACCUCUGCACUCUACUGCAUGGCCAUAGGGGAAUCAACCACCCUCUUCAUGAGUGCCCGCCUUUUAAAUCUUUACCCUUCUGUUACGUUUUGCCAUAAAUGCCUCUCUAUGUCUAAAUUUUGAUGAAUAUGUGAAGGGAAUCUCCCUCAGCCUUUCAACUGUCAAUCACUUCAGUAAGCAAAACUGUAGAAAACAAGUCUGUUUCUGAUUUUUAAACAUACCACUCAGGAGCCCUUAAACCACAAAUUUCACAGAGAAACUUGAAGAAUGAGAUGUCCACACUGAGGCAGUGAUGUAACGCUCCCUUUGUUGUCAGCAUCUGUGGUCUCAGGGUGAUAAAAGGGGGCAAAGCAGGGGAGUGAGCAGAAAGAGAGGAGGGGCAGAUGUGGGCCUUCUUUCCCUGCAUUGCAGUAGAGCCAAUGCUUGUGGGUGAAGUUGCGGUCCCUUCGGGAAAAAUGAAAUGAAAUGGACCUGCGAUUCCCCUCAGUGGCUCCUGGUGCAAGGGUGAGCUGGGCCCUCUGUGUCUCCUCCCUGUCUCUUUACAGCCCGCUUUCCUUCUGUUUUGCACCCACUCACCUAGGCCAGACCCAAUCUACAGAAUCAGCACCAGCUUGGACUGCCAAAAUCGCUGUCUUUGAAGUAACCACUGCCUUUAUUGGUCCACCAGGGACACUGUAAAAUUGUCAGAUGAAUAAAA